UUGUUUUUCUAGGUUCUGAGAGGGCAACUACACAUCCUAGGAAGAAGCUGUGAAGAUUUCUGGGGUGUCAAGUAAAGUGCCAUAUGGUGGGUCCGAUUGUUGUGGGAGAUAGCUGAUAGCAUGGAUCUUUCUUGACAUAUCUAUUUUCUUCAAGAGAGCAAGUUAAUUCUUCCAAACGAAAGGGCUAACUAUAAUCCUUCUAAGAAAGGGGAUAACUAGAUUAUACUAGUCCGUAUUGCUAUGAAUUUGAACAGUGUGAUCAUGCCAUUCUUGAAGUAAUGCUGUUCUGGAAAACCAUUGAAGAAAUAACUAGAGCCUCUUUGUUGCAUUUCCUAGAUGGAGAAUGAUAUGUACAGUGCACCACUGGACAUGGCUGGUCGAAAUUCUAAUGUCAUAGAGGGAAUUACACAGCAUUUUGCACCAAAGCCACUCAUUUAUUGCUAUUCAUUUGACCUCAAUAACCAAAACCCCAUCAUAAAUGGAAUUCCAAUACUUGCUGGAGAGCAAGGUGAACCUAUCACUACAAGUAAUGUCCAUGACGAGGGUCGCAUCAUAAAUCCUCCUGGUGUUGCUGGUUCCAAUUCUUUUGUUACAUCACAAGGAAAGAAUUUUGUGGGAGAUGCCUCAAAUCUCAUUAACAACGAUUUUCAAGAGCAUUUAGCUGGAGGAAGGCCAAUUACUCCAGCUUCAAUUGCUGCUAGAAUUGGUCUUCAAGAAACUUUAGGGAAUUCGACAACUUUGUCUCCGUCUGUCUGUUCAUUGGAGGCAUUAGGACCAUAUAUCUUCAAUAAUUGGCAAGAUACAUCAAACCCUUUGCCUGCAACUUUUGGUGAUCAUGGCUAUGAUGAAGUACAUUGUAAUGGUAAGUGGAAUGUCAACAAGUUUCCAAAAGCUCAAGAGGUUGAUGGGACUGGAUUCUUGGCUCAUUCAUCCAUAGGAAACCUGGAUCCCAGUGGAUGGACAUCGUCAAAUAUUGCAAACUUAGCCAAUCUUGCUUACAAUUCCUCUAAUUGUAGUAAUGAGCUAUCACUAAGUCUUGCAAGAUCUCCAACUACGGGUCAGUGCUCAGAAAUGAGUUGCUCCGAUGUGUCACAUUGCAUGAAUGGAACAAAGUCAGGCUUGGAGCAGCCCUCAUGCAGCAGUAAGGAACUGUCUAUGAGUUUAGGUUCAAACAAACAUGUCCAGUUUUCACCAGCAAUCUUAGGGUCCAGAUAUCUUGCUGUAAUUCAAGAGAUACUUGCUCAAAUUGCAACAUAUUCAUUUGAAAAUGUAGAACAGGUAAAUUAUUCAGCUGCUGGUGUUAAAGCAGGAGGAAAUAAAUAUACUUCAGUUUUCAUGCCAAAGAGAAGGGUAGCAAUAAAUCAAAAUGUAAAUUCUAUGUCUGAAGCACAUGUAGAAUCCCCAUUACAAAGACAUGCAGCUGAACCAAACAAAUCCCAACUGCUCAUGCUUCUACAGCUGGUGGACAAUCGAUAUAGUCAGUGUUUGGAUGAGAUUCAUACUGUUGUAUCUGCAUUCCAUGCUGCUACUGAGCUGGAUCCACACAUGCAUGCUCAUUUUGCUCUUCAAACGAUCUCUCUCCUGUACAAGGACUUGCGCGAGAGGAUUAGCAAUUGUAUUCUUGCCAUGGGAUCAAAUUUUAACAGUUCAUGCUCAGAAGAGGAGAUGGAAUGGUCUGUUGAAACUUCAUUCAUUCAAAAGCAAUGGGCUCUCCAACAGUUGAAAAGAAAAGAUCAGUUAUGGAGGCCCCAAAGGGGCUUGCCUGAAAGAUCUGUCUCGGUUCUACGUGCUUGGAUGUUUCAGAACUUCCUCCAUCCGUAUCCUAAAGAUGCAGAGAAGCAUUUACUUGCAGUAAAAAGUGGGUUGACCAGAAGCCAGGUAUCCAAUUGGUUUAUAAAUGCACGUGUGAGGCUAUGGAAGCCUAUGAUUGAAGAAAUGUAUGCUGAAAUGAAUAGAAGAAAAGCUUGUAGAAAUGAAGAAGGAAUGGAGAGCACCCAUAGAGGCCGGAUAAGCAUGAACAAUCAAAUGUUGAAUAUCAAUUAAUGCUGAAGAAAAGUCACAUAACAAUAUGAUGGAGCAUCAUCAUUAUUACUAUUAUUAAUUUGUUUUUUUGGAUCAUG